CACGCCUUUGGUUUUGCAGUAUCACCUGAUGAAGUUUGAAGUCAUAUGACCGUGAGUGGAAGGGAAACUCAAACACAGUGGACGUCAGGUCCAGUGCGGCCGUUUAAGUGUAUCUAAACGGUUAUAAAAUGUUUUCUUGGCGUUUUUUCUUUUGUCUUAUUGCCUUGUCUGUGCACGAUGUUUUCGGGAUGUACGAUCCCGAUGAGGUGUUGGAUCUACCAGGCAUGUCUUUUAAACCCAAUUAUCGCCAAUGGUCAGGAUAUCUGAAGGCCAGUUCUGGCAAAUUUUUGCAUUAUUGGUUUGUGACCUCUCAGAGGGACCCCAUUAAAGAUCCAGUAGUGCUGUGGCUGAAUGGAGGGCCGGGGUGCAGCUCUUUGGAUGGGUUUCUGUCAGAAAAUGGCCCGUUUCAUGUCAAUGAUAAUGGAGCUAGCCUUUAUGAAAACGAAUUCAGCUGGAAUAAAAUUGCCAAUGUUCUGUACAUUGAGUCACCUGCUGGAGUAGGUUAUUCCUAUUCGGAUGACCAGAAAUAUGCAACCAAUGAUGACGAGGUGGCAGAUAACAACUACCUGGCUUUGCAGAGCUUUUUCACAAAGUUUCCAAAUUUCACCCAGAAUGAGUUUUUCAUUUUCGGUGAGAGUUACGGAGGCAUCUAUGCACCUACGCUCAGUCUGAGAGUGGCUAUGGGUGGUCAGCUUAAAGUAAACUUUAAGGGCUUUGCUGUGGGAAAUGGCAUUAGUAGUUUUGCACUAAAUGACCAAUCGCUAAUCUACUUCAGUUACUAUCAUGGCCUAUUUGGAGAACAACUAUGGAAGGACCUGAAUGACAAUUGUUGUCAAAAUGGAGUCUGUAACUUCUACAACAAUUCUAAAGAAUCUUGCUCUACUUUGGUAGCGCAUGCAUUUAAUAUAGUGUAUAGUUCUGGAUUGAAUGAAUAUGCGCUGUAUCUUGAUUGUGCUGGGGGUGUCUUAUCUCAGAGGACCCACGCCACGAACCAUCUGUUUAAAAACUUCAGGAAGCAUUGGGAAUCGAAUCAGUUAGUGAAAAUUUACCCAAAUCUUAUGGGGGUGCCUCCGUGUAUUAAUAGUACAGCGCAGAUGAACUGGCUUAACCGAGGAGAUGUGAGAAAGGCACUGCACAUCCCCGAUGUGCUACCACCUUGGGACAUCUGCAGUGAUGAUGUGGGUAGCAAGUAUAACACAAUCUACCAAACUGUCAAGGGUGUCUAUGAAAAGCUGCUGGCCUUAGGGCUACGAGCUUUGGUCUAUAAUGGAGAUACUGAUAUGGCUUGCAACUUCCUUGGAGAUCAGUGGUUUGUCGAAGACCUUGGACAGAAGGCAACCACACAGUACCAGCGCUGGAUUUAUGAUAACCAGAUUGCAGGAUUCUAUCAACAAUUUGGCAACAUCACUUUUUUAACAGUCAAGGGUGCUGGCCACAUGGUUCCUCAGUGGGCUCCUGGUCCAUCUCUCCACAUGCUAGAGAGUUUCCUGUCUAAUAAGCCUUACUGACUUUCUUCUUAAAGCACCUCAUUUGAUUUUCACAUGUUGAGCUGGAUGGCUUUUUUAAGGGACUGUGUGAAAAAUGAAUUUUCUCAGGGACUGUAGAUGUAUGUGUUUUUACAAAGCUUUCCUUUGAACACUCUGGGUGGUUUUAAAAGCUUCCAAUACCAUAAAACAGAGAUUUUGAUCAGAAUUUGUUUUACUCCUGAAAUAUCUCAGACAAUUACACUUGUCAGACAAAGUUCACAAUCUCUUUUUCACAAUCUCAGUUUUACAUACAUACAUACAUACAUACAAUAAAUCUUUGUAAAAAAUAGCAUUUAGUUCAAAAUAUGCAAAUUAUGUCUUACGCACACUUUAAACUAUGUAGGGGGGCUUUUGUCAAGAAAAUUGCUGUUUUUUGGGGGGG